UUUCCUUUGAUUUAAUUCCUACAGAGAAAAGGGUUGUUUGAGAUUUUGGUUUUGAAAAAAAAAAAAAAACAGAUAUGAGGGAGGUGAUUAGUAUCCAUAUUGGUCAAGCUGGAAUUCAGGUCGGAAAUUCCUGUUGGGAGCUUUAUUGUCUUGAACAUGGAAUUCAACCCGAUGGGAUGAUGCCUAGUGACACCACGGUAGGUGCUUGCCACGAUGCUUUUAAUACCUUCUUUAGCGAGACUGGGUCGGGCAAGCAUGUGCCAAGGGCUAUAUUUGUUGAUCUAGAGCCCACUGUCAUUGAUGAAGUUAGAACCGGGACCUAUAGACAACUGUUUCAUCCGGAGCAACUUAUUUCCGGAAAGGAAGAUGCUGCUAAUAACUUUGCUAGAGGGCAUUAUACUGUUGGUAGGGAGAUUGUGGAUCUUUGCCUUGACCGAGUGAGAAAAUUGGCUGAUAACUGCACUGGUCUACAAGGAUUUUUGGUAUUUAAUGCUGUUGGCGGUGGAACUGGUUCGGGUUUGGGCUCAUUGCUUUUGGAGCGCUUGUCAGUAGAUUAUGGAAAGAAGUCAAAGCUUGGGUUUACUAUCUACCCUUCUCCUCAGGUUUCUACAGCAGUUGUGGAACCCUACAAUAGCGUGCUCUCAACGCAUUCUCUCCUUGAACACACAGAUGUUUCUGUGCUUCUUGACAAUGAAGCUAUAUACGAUAUCUGCAGGAGAUCCUUGGACAUCGAAAGGCCAACUUAUACCAACUUGAAUCGCUUGAUAUCCCAAAUUAUCUCUUCUUUGACCACUUCAUUGAGGUUUGAUGGCGCCAUAAAUGUGGACAUUACGGAGUUUCAGACUAACCUUGUGCCUUAUCCUCGUAUCCAUUUCAUGCUUUCAUCUUAUGCCCCAGUAAUCUCAGCUGCAAAAGCUUACCAUGAGCAGAUAUCUGUUCCUGAGAUCACAAGUGCCGUCUUUGAACCCUCAAGCAUGAUGGCCAAAUGCGAUCCGAGACAUGGGAAAUACAUGGCAUGCUGUUUAAUGUACCGUGGGGAUGUUGUACCAAAGGAUGUCAAUGCCGCUGUUGCUACCAUCAAAACUAAGCGGGCAGUUCAGUUUGUAGACUGGUGCCCUACCGGUUUCAAGUGCGGCAUCAACUAUCAGCCACCGACGGUGGUACCAGGGGGUGAUCUUGCUAAAGUACAACGUGCAGUGUGUAUGAUCAGCAAUAACACCGCUGUGGCCGAGGUUUUUGCUCGAAUCGACCACAAAUUUGAUCUCAUGUAUGCCAAGAGAGCAUUCGUUCACUGGUAUGUAGGUGAAGGAAUGGAGGAAGGUGAAUUCUCGGAAGCCCGUGAAGAUCUUGCUGCUCUAGAGAAAGACUAUGAGGAAGUUGGGGCAGAAGGUAUUGAAGACGAAGAAGAACCGGAAGAUUACUAGAUCUGUAUUUUGAAAAAGCACAGGCUAAUGAUUCCCCACGUUCCUCGUCUGAUUUUACUUCAUCAGCUAUUUAUAGUAUUCUAAGUUUGUCAAAGUACUUUUAACUCUUGAAUUUCUAACAUUUUUAUGCUUUGGCUUUGCAUUUGAGUGGUUCUAAAGUGUAGUUUAUGAAAUGUGAUGUUCUAAUAAAGCUUCUACCUUGUGUCA